AUGGGCAGUUACCAUGUCAGAGAUGCUAAGUAUAUACCAUCUCCUGGAAGGAAGAGUCCUUGCUCUAUGAACAAGAAGUGGGCCAUUCCUCGGGGGCCUUCAGAGACUGCAAAUAAAGUGGCAAAUGCAGCGGUGAGCGGAGGAAGAUGGAGGCAGAGGCAACAACAACCGGCAAUGAAGGCAGGUUGGGUGGGAGAAAGUGGUAACAUGUUCCUCAGACCUACACACCCUCCAAAUUCCUACUCUAGGAGAAUCGCCGGUUAA